AUGUCCGCUUCAUCAUUCACGACCUUGGCUUUGACCCCAGACCCAAGUUUCAACUGGUUCUUUCUUCUCCAGAUUAUUGUCUCGUGCAUUCUCGUACUGUUUUUCCUGCUCUACUUCAAUCGCCUCUUUGCUGCCCUAUUAUCAUACGGGAUAAGAGCCUACACAUGGCAUUACUACCGCGCGUAUGUUGACAUAAACGCGCUCCAGAUAUCCCUACUUGGAGGGCGGAUCUUCUUCAAAGGCAUCCGAUAUCAUGGCGUGAACGAGACAAUCUUUAUACAUGGAGGGUUCGUCACCUGGAACUUCUGGAAGCGUGCGGUGAGACGCCCGGACUUUUCGCGCUUUAGAGUUCGAAGACCAGAGGACACUGAGGUUGGCGGGAGCGAGAGCGGCAGCAUUGGGGAAACAGGAGGCGUCGACUGCCCUACCGCCCUUCCUUGUCGGAUCACGGUCAAGUUCUAUGGAUUGGAAUGGUUCAUAUAUAAUCGGACGCCGGCUUAUGAUGGCAUUCUCGCUGGAUUCAACCCGGCAGCAUCGAAUUUAUCACCUGACUGUGAGAACGCAUCAUCAGACACCAGUUUGAAGGGCGACCGGGCUGCCGCACCAUAUUCAAACGAGUCAUCGCUUGGACAGACCAAUACUUCUGAUGGCAGCACUGUUCACGAUGGGACCGACAUGGACGUGGGCGCUUCUCGGCGAGAUACAAAUGUUGAGCGGGAGAUUGGGGACAGCUUGUCCAGCCUGCUACAGCUCUUGCCGCUGAAACUUGAAUGUGACAAGGGUGCUAUAGUGAUGGGGAAUGAGAAUACAAGAUCGGUUCUGACUACGACGUUUGAUUCAGCGGCUGGUCUAAUCGAGGCUUGUUGCGCCGCGAACCCUCUAGACCUUUAUCGACAAGUGUUUAGCUUCAAAUUCGAACACCCUAUUGUGCAAAUGAGGCCGAACCCCGAUUAUAAACAGACCCAAUUAUCUGCUGCAAAAAGACUAAGCACAACGCGGGACGAAAAACCUGGAGCGAAGAGGAAAAGAGAUACCAUAUUCAAUUACGAGUUCCAGAAGCGCAGGGUUUGGCACAGUGUCCGUGAUCUCAUACCGUACUUUCAGACCUCGGUCGAAUCAUUUCACAUAACCGACAAGCGCGCCGGCCCAGGCCCUCGGCAUACAGUUGAUGCCAACCAUGAUACACGCUGGGUUGGCCUUUCCCGUUAUCUAGACCAAGGCAGUCAAGAUGAUCAUUCUGAAUGGGAUGCUAUAGAAUAUGGCCGGUUCUCCACAAUCUUGGAUAGCCCUAGCCUGAAUGUCUUAUACUUUUGGGACAUUCCAGGGGUUGUUAGGGCGCCUUUCGCCGCGGACGGAAACCGCCCGCCGAGAGCUCCCGACAUCAACGGGGCGCCUGCUCCGGAAUGGGGCAUUGAUGUCAGAGUCGCUGGUGGAAUGAUAAACUACGGGCCUUGGGCUGACAGAGAACGCGUCGGCCUGCAAAAUAUCUUCUUCCCUAACGCCUACCGAAAUUCCCAGCCGGCGGCGCCUUUGCGCCCCGGAGCAACAAGACAAAGCUCGGCAUUCAGAUUCAGGAUUGAAUUCGAUCAAGAGACCAUUCUCCGUAUCCCAACGCGAGAGCCGUCUAAGGAUUGGCAGUGGAAAGGCCGUGGCGAUGCCGUCCGCGGUGCAUCCAAGUUGAAAAAGCAGCAACGCCGGAAACAGAACCGUGCUGCAGAAGGCGACAAAGGAAACGUUGGUCCCGAUAUGCGUCCUUUCGGAUGGUUCUCCCUCCGCAUCGCUGGAAAUUCGACCAUGAAUUAUACUAUGGACAUGGUCGCUGGGAAGUCAGGUUUCGCCAGCCAACUUCACCUUGACCUUCGUGGUUCGAAAAUGUCGUCAAGUGUGAACCACGCGUUGCUAUGGAACUGUCCCCGGCAGCUCAUUACCUGUGAUCUUUCAGUGCCGCUCUCUUGGAAAACGCUCCGUACAUGGAACUUUGACGUGGAGAACCAGGAUAUGGAACUGUUUUUAUUGCGGGACCAUAUAUUUCUUCUGACCGAUCUGAUCACGGAUUGGGGCUCCGGGCCCGCGUCUGAUUACUAUACAUUCGUGCCGUUCGUCUAUCGUUUGAACAUGUCUUUUACAAAUAUACAGCUCUAUGCUAAUGUCAAUGACUCGAACAUCGUCAGCGACCCUACUAAUCUCAGUGACAACCGCUUGCUUGUGGUCAAGAGCAGUAAGCUGACCUCGCAUACCGUUAUUCCGCUGGACAAGUACCGUGCUGAGCAGAACGCGGUGGACUUCAGUGUCACCCUCCAGGAAUCUGAAAUAGACUUUGUUGCUCCAAUGUGGGACACACUGCAUACAUUCUUGAAGAACAAAACUACAGCCAGCUUGAAGACCCUGACCAUAAAUGGCACCUACAGCUAUUUCCUCUCCACCUCGCCCGAGCUGACUGAUACUCUACUACUCAACCUGCAUGGCAUCUCUCCGAGGUUGUACAUGUUCGGUUUCCUCAUCAAGUCCUUCAUGACUGUGAAGGAGAAUUACUUCGGCGAGGAAGUACACUUCAAAACACUUGAGGAAUAUCAAGAGCUCGCAUAUUCGGGGGAUUCCGCCGCAGCACAUAACGGAAUCAACCCGAACAAAAAGACAAAUGACCUGGACGUCGUAUUGCGCGUCACUGUCGACUACCCAUGUGUCUUACUUCCGGAGACCCUGUAUGAUGAUCAUAAUUAUGUUCAGCUUACUGCUCCUUCCCUCGAAAUCGAUUUGAGGUUUACCAACUACUACAUGGACAUGCAAUUCUCACUUGCACCUUUGAAAGCUGCUUUAGAAUCUCCCUGGAUUAAAGAAGGUCCCGCAACUUCUGAUACUCAGCUGUUUAUAGAUGGUGCCUCUGUCUACGGACACCGCAUUUUUGGUUUACCUCCCACUGAGCCAACUUACGUUUGCAAUUGGGAUUUUGAUAUUGGAAGAAUCAUUGGCGAGUGCUCCCCCAAAUUCCUGGCUUCACUGGCCAGUGCUUUGCAGAGCUUCGAUUUCUCCUUUGAUAACGAAGAAAAUGCCCUUCCACCACUCUUCCCUGUCACUCUUCACGACGUGACGUUUCUGCGGGCUCGAAUUGCUGCAGUACACAUCUCCGUCCUUUUGGACGACAAUGCCCUCCUACUAAAAUCCGAGACAAUAACGACCAAGUUCAAUGACUGGGCUAAUCAUAGGUUCACGAAGCGUAUGAGUCUUAUGGUCCCAGACCUGUCCAUUGCUGCUGUCGACUGCGCCUUCCUCCAGAAAUCUGGCCUAGUUCCUCACGACGUCGUUCCACUUGCUCUGUUCCAGACAUCUAUAAAGCUUAAAAUGGUUCAACGAAGGAGUGAUAUUGUGGAAAGUCGGAAACUUCAGCAGGAUCAUAUCAAAGCCCACGACCAGAGAACUCAGCGCACACCGUGGCUUCUAUUUGACUCGGAGGAGGUUGAGCCGGGUGCACUGUACCCGGGUCAGGAUGUAGCACCUGGGCCAACUAUUGCCAUACCCACGAUGCCCGAACCACUAACAACGCGCUCGGCAUUGCAGGGCUUGUCCACAGCGGCAUAUCCAAGGGAUGGGAGCAGCCAAAGAAGUUUUCUCCUUUCCUCAGAUGCUUCCAGCAUUGGACGCGGACUGAAAAAACGGACCCGUAGUUUGAACGAGACCCGGAGUAUGUCAUCUUCGAUCCGCCGAUACCGAAGAUACCCCGGGCCGGUCAGAGAUGGCCCGAAGCAUGGAAAAAUGGACAUCCAACAAGGCUCUCGGGUUGACUCGAACACGUGGGCUGUCCCUGAUUUUACCCUUCACCGGAUCAAAAUAAAAACUUCUAGCCUGCCGACAAGCCAGGUGCCGAGUGCCAUUGUUCCUCAGCCAGACCCUCUGGCGCCGAAGUUCGACCCUCAACUUUCACCCUUUGAGAGUGAUAGUACAACACACACUAAUUUUAUGGUCGACCUACAUAAUGGUGUGAAAGGCUUUUGUACACCGAGGUUUCUGUUUCUACUCUCCGUAUUGCUUGGAUCUCUGCAGUUGCGACACCCGGUUCAGAUAAUUGACUCGCUGCAGAAGGGCAUUAUUUCUGAUAUCAUGGCCUACGAAAAAUCGUUAUCACGCCCAAAGAAAGUCACAAGCUUUGCUAUUCGAGCUCCUGUGAUCUCAAUGAAGCUAGUCAACACCUCAGAACCUUCCGGUGCCGACGAAGCUAGCUUUCAAGAUGAGUAUAGGGUUGAAGUAUCCCGCCUUCGCACGGAAUUCCGGACAAAGGUCGAACGGCAAAAGGGAGAUCUUCUCGCUGGCAUCAAAGAAGAAAUAACUGCACAUGCCGCUGCUGAAAGUCUUUCAGUCUCGGUUGAAAGUAGUCAGACUGACCAGCACCGACAGAAAUCAGGAGUCAGUUGUGUGAUGCGUGACAUCAGUUUCUGGACUGUGACCUCACCCGAAAGCAAAUCAAAUCUGCAAGUUCGUGCCUUUGAUACGGCCACCUCGACUAAGUCAGUUGAGCAGCUCGCGUAUCUUGUUCGCCGCACGACGACCAUGCUUGAUUCUGCAACAUCAUCCUUUCAACAUGUCUCCACGCGUCGCCAUACGCGAUUACGCUUCUUGAUAUACUGCCUUACUCAAUCUGCUGCAGAUAUGCCGGAUCCUACAUUCUUAACGCGCAUUUCGUAUAUGCUCAGAAUGGCUUCUGGACAUUUGCGACACCAUGAUUCAUGGAAGAUCCUUUCUCGUAUACGCAACGUCUUCAACAACCUCUCAAUCGAGCAGAAAGAUGAACUGACUGCAAAAUGCUCCUCCGAGGACAUUACAUUGCUUCCCAAUGCUAAAACAGAUGUCCUUUCUAGCUUCGACCAAUGGCGGGCAUGGGAUUUAGCUCACGUUGAGAAGAGCUAUGUGAUGCGACGAAUAUGGGGCUCGCCAGAGGAAAAAUCCGGGGAUGCACCAUCCAUGUCCUCCUUUUCCUCCACGAUCAAACUUUUCCGCUUUUCUAUUGACCCUGGACCCAGGGGAAGCGAUUUUGUCGUCCGAGAUCUGUCCACCGCUGUAGCAUUCAAUACCCGACAAAGUGACUCGAAUGGCUCCGAAAACAUGCUGAGAUCUCUCGUCACUGUUCAGUCAUACUGCUUCUCUGUGAGUCUACGUCUAAGGUGGGAGAUUUUAGAUCUACUGGAGGGUCUCGUAAUCGCUAUGUCCACAGUCACGUUGGAAUCCACGGUUUCGGAUGAGACCCCGGAGAAUGAGUUCAAACAGAAGGAAUUCCAGUUCGUCUUCGGUACAGAUUCUGGAACAUUGAAUGUUGAUGGCAUCAACCUGAAACUAGCGCUCGUCGGCGAAGCCCUCCGAAGUUCCAUAAUCCUAAAACCCCUGGAUCAUCAGAGCGCGAGCGCGAGCCUGCUAAUCAGCUCGAAAACGUCUUCGUUGGAUCUUUCUAAUCUUUCGAAGGUCAUGAUGCAAUGGAAAUUUAUCGACCCCCACAUCUACUGCUCUCGCUUUACUGAGAAGACGGUGGCCGAGGUCAAGCACGAUUGGAAGGUCGCAGUAUCGAGCCGAAGACUGAGAUUCGACUUGAAUGAGGAUCCACUAAGUCUUGCCCACACAGCAGACAGGGUGAUAGACGACGAGAUCCAAUUCGUUAAUCAACUCAUCAAGAACCUGAAGUUACCGGCACGCCAGUCUCAUGACAAGGUCUCAGACGAGAAGCCACCGCAGCAUAAGUUUCAGGUAGCCACCUUCCUAGAUGAUUACCGCCUGAGCUUCCGCAUACUACCAUCUCUGGCGUAUACAAUCUCCGGUGAGGUGGCGAGAGCCUCCAUCAUAUCCAGGCUUGGGCCAAGGUUAGAUGUUGAUUUUGACGUGAAACACAAUACCCAUGCAUUCCUUUCCAACGAAGCUGGCAAUUGGAAGCCCGUGUCAGAGCUCGGUUUCCCCCCGAUAAAUGGUCGAAUAGUAGCCAACAUGUUGCCCAGUCGCACUGAGAUGGAGGUCGACAUCACCAUCGAAAUGAUAGAACUUGAGGCCAGCGCGGUUCGCAGCCUUCUUGGUGUUCUGACGAGGCCUGAAUUCUCUCAUCUUAUAUCUGAUCUCAAACAGAACAUGGAGUCAUUGAAGCUCCAUUCACAGGAAGUCCUUGCCCUCGACAUCGGUUCAUCUAAACCUAAAGAUAAUUCCGACUCAGUGUUCCUUUACAGGGCCCGAACAUCGAUGGCUGGGACUAAGAUACAUGCGACAGCGCCUGGCUUAAACGGCAAGAACUACUCGGCAGACAUGGGAUUUAGCUUGGGAAUGAUUCGAAUGCGGGUCAACAAUGGCCUAGACGCCGGAUAUCCGACGGAGUACCCCGAAUUCCAAAUCGAUACCUCAAAGAUAAGCUUUGACCUGAGCAAGAAGGGCAGUCACAGUGCUCGUUCAUACUGCAGCUUUGCCGUUGAUGCCAAGGUCAAAGGAGCAUCCACAACUGAUGAGAAUGGAAAGACUCUACAGUCUUUCCAUCUAACCAGUGAGAACUUCAACAUUGAACUUUAUCCUGAAGCAGCCGCACUGGUUGUUGACGUGGCAGCUCAUCUUCAAGAAAGGAUUAGAACCUUGGACCUUUCGCAUGAAGUGAAGCGGUUGAAAAAGUUGCGCCACCGAGUCCAUUCACAGGCAAAGCCCAAGGCGUCGAAUGUCCCUAGCGUUCAGGUACCCGAUGAUAGUGCUCAGAGUGAUGACCUUUUCGGCGCCAUAUUCUCCCUGGCUCUCAACAACAUUCAAGUUGCUUGGAACAUGGCCACAUUUUCGCAAGAGACAUCUCACCACAGACCUGACGACCUGAUAUUCUCGAUCAAGCGCGUGGAUCUGUCAAACAAGAAAACGACCUCCGCUAAACUCCGAAUCGAAAAUGUUCAACUACAAAUGGUGCCCGUCUCGGGUGAUAGGAGGAAACGGGCGCUCAAUUCAGCUUUGCUACCGGAGUUAGUGUUUAACGUGGCAUACUCUUCGACAGCCGAAGACGUUCGCGUGGCGCUCCAGGCCGCAGGAAAGUCCCUGGACAUAAGGGCUACCUCUGAUUUCAUACUCCCUGGGAACAUGAUCCAAAAUUCAAUAGCCUCUGCGGUCAAGACCAUUCGCGAUGCCAACUCUAUCACGAUGUCGAAACCGUCUGAUGACAAUACAAAACCGCGCUCUCUGUUCGGCAAUAAACGUGUACGCUCCGUGCUUGUUGACGUUGAUUUCGCUGGUGCCAUUGUAUCCUUGCAAGGGAAACAGAGCAAAGAUCAGCAAACCCUUCUAACAACUACAUUGAAGCAGAAAGUAGCGUCAGAGUCGAAGUACGGCCAGUUCAUGCGCGAUGAUACGGCAUCCACCGCAACAUUACGCGCACCUGGUGUUGCAUUGAAAGUCCAAUUUGAGGACAGCGCCCAUGAGGACUCCACUUUAAACGCAGAAUUGAAAAUAGAUGCAUCCACCAAUGUCCUAUAUCCAAGCAUCGUUCCAUUGAUUAGGCAGAUGUCCGCCACGGUGAAGGAAGUCAUGGGUGAGCAAACGAAGCCCAGAAGGCCCUCCAACACCAUGAUGCUGCAAUCACAAAGACUUAUGCAGGAUACGCCCCUUGACACUAGCGACCCUGCCUCAGUACUCGGCCGGUGCAAAUUGAACGUUGGCCUUUUGAUCUGCAAGCAGGAGUUCAGUCUAAGCUGCCAACCCAUCGCUCGAGUCGCAGCCACUGCGGGGUUUGAGAGUGUUUAUGUUGCCAUCAACACCGUCCAGUCUGACAAGGAUGAACGAUUCCUAGCGCUCUCUGUAGCGUUCAAUGACUUUGGAGCGUCUGUGAAACAUGUGUACUCAAACGAGUCGACUGCAAGCUUUGAAGUCAAUUCAAUUGUGAUGUCAUUGAUGAACAACAGACACCUGGGCAAGUCAAAGGGAGUCUCGGUGGCUCUACGGGUGAGCCCCAUGCAAGUCAUGCUCAACGUCAGACAAGUUCAAGACCUCUUACUCUUUCGUGAGAUCUGGGUACCGGCAAACGACUCUCCAGAUCCGAGUGCAAAAUUUGAGGCACAGCCUGCAGAGACGCAGGCCUACAUCGUGCAACGCUACCAGCAAGUUGCUUCUGCUCCUGCUUUUCCAUGGAACACCACUAUAGCAAUUGAAAAAGUCGCGAUUCAGCUUGAUAUGGGGUCGACCUUAGGGAAAGCAGAGUUCGCGAUCGAUAACUUAUGGCUCUCGUCCAUGAAGACCUCUGUCCAUGAGCAGGUUCUGUGUAUUGGCCUCAAAUCAGUCGGGAUCGAAAGUACAGGCAGGCUGAGUGGCUUGGCCGAGUUCCACAUCAUCAAAGUCCGCACCUCUAUUAACUGGCCGGAGGAUACCACGGAAGUCAAGACGCCUUUGAUCCAGGCCUCGAUUUCUUUCGAUCAGCUUCAGGUGAAAGUCUCUUUUGACUAUCAACCGUUCUUGAUCGCGCAUAUAGCAUCCUUUGACUUCUUGAUGUACAAUGUCGGGGGUUCUACCGAUGAAGCGAACGAGCGGCUGUUUAGUAUCCUGGAUGGAGGUGAAGUACAAGUAUUCUGCACGACCUUGACUGUAUCACAGUCGCUCGCGUUAUUCCAGGCCUGGCAGAGGCUAAUGCAAGACAAGCAAGCGGCUUACGAAUCGUCAUUGAGGGAGAUUGACCGGUACCUUCGCAGGAAGGGCUCGGUCUUCUCCGAUCGAACUGAACCAUCCCAGAAGGUGACCAAGCAGGUUGAAGAGAAAUCGGAACUGGCUCCUAUCUCUCUCCAAACUGGAGUUGUCGUCACGAUCCAUACAGUUCAUUUUGGAGUUUUUCCAAGCACCUUCUUUGACAACCAUGUCUUCAAGCUAGAAGCCCGCGAGGCUCAAGCUCGAUUCGAUGUGUCACUGGACAAAGGCAAGAUUCAUAGCUCCCUGGGGCUCACAUUAGGACAACUGCGUGUUGCCUUAUCCCCAAUCGAGCGGUCUGACCCCGUCCCGGUCGAGAAACUUCUUGUGAACGAGACUGCCACCCGAGUUAUCGAAACCCGUGGGGGGACAAUCCUCAAAGUUCCCCGAGUGGUGGCUGGGAUGGAAACAUGGCAAGGGCCAGGGUCGAACCAGAUUGAGUAUGUCUUCCGCAGCAGCUUUGAAGGCAAAGUCGACGUUGGCUGGAAUUACUCCCGCAUCAGCUUCAUCAGGGACAUGUGGGAGGCCCACUCUCGUGCAUUGGCUUCGCGAUUGGGCAAGCCGCUCCCGCCAUCCGCCGUUCGCAUUACAGGAGGCCUAAAUGCAGAAGGUGGUGGAGACAAAAGCGACCAGCAAGAAAAGAUCACCGCGGUUGUGAAUGUGCCGCAGUCCAAGUACAACUAUGUGGCAAUGGAGCCGCCGGUGAUUGAGACACCACAGCUACGGGACAUGGGCGAAGCAACGCCACCGUUAGAGUGGAUUGGUCUCCAAAGGGAUAAGCUUCCUAAUGUCACGCAUCAAAUUAUCAUUGUUACUCUGUUGGAGGUGGCCAAGGAGGUUGAGGACGCCUAUGCUAAGAUACUGUGGUCCUCAUGA